AUGAGUCUUGAAAAAUUGAAACUUUGGUUGGGUUUUGGCCCGGAGUGUCAAAAUGGCGGUCGUAAGACCAACUAUGGUACAUGCAUCUGUCGGCAGUACUUCACUGGAAGACUAUGUGAACACACGCUGUGUUUGAAUGGAGGCGUGCGAAACAGCUUUCACGAGACAUGCGUUUGUCCAGACCCGCAUAUCCGCGGCGCUCACUGCGAAAUAGUCACAUGUGAAAAUGGUGGUAGCGACAACGGUCAUGGAACAUGCACCUGUUUGGAGCCAUGGUACACGGGAUCCUUUUGCCAGUAUUACAGUAGUCCAUGGGGCAUCCUGUUCGGCUGCGUCGGUCUGGCGAUCGCUGUGAUCGCGUUCGUGUGUAUCGCAUGCCGACUAAAGAGCUGUUCUCACCGUCGACAUAACUCUGGCAAUAGUCGAGGCUUCCGACAUCACUCACAAAUGCCGUGCGCACCAACAUCGGGACAGAUACCUAACCGAAACAGACCAGAAACCGAGAUUCUGAUGACUGUGCCUCCUGACCUCUCGGUCAGAUAUAAACAUUUCAUCAUUAAGUCUUAUCCUCGCUCUUCUCAGCACUGUGUUUCCCGCGAUCUUCCGCCGACAGUGUCAGUUGGUCAAAAUGAAACAAGGCUGAUUGAGCGGUCACCGUUACCGCCGCCUGCAGUUUAUACGGUGAGGUCUGAAACGCCUCCGCCUUCUUAUGAAGAGGCAAUCAAAGAGACAUGA